AAGAAAAACAUUGUAAAUGUUGUAAAUAGGCUAUUAACAAAUGUGCAAGUUGGACGCACUGGCAUUGCAAAUAACAACUUAAAACACGGCACAAAUGUGCUUGACGCUCAAAAGUUACACACAACCGUUACAUACGCUACGUAGAAAGAAUAGGAAAAGCAACCGAUCAAGUCUGCCAUGUCAGCGAUAACCCGCAAUGUACCCUACUUGAAGCAGCAACUGUCGGCGCUAAUACACAACACAUCGCCGGUCAUAACGCUCAUUUGCUUGGUGACCACCUUUGGCUACCUUUUGUCCUAUUCGGAGACGGCAGUAAGAUUACUUAGCGUCACCCCUGGAUAUAUUCUGCCCAACGGCAAGUUCUGGAUAUGGACCGCGUUCACCUUUUGUUUCAUCGAGCUGCAUUGGUGGGAGGUGGCCGUCGAUGUGGUUACUGUGGGCUUAUGUGGCAAGAUGAUUGAGCCGCUUUGGGGUCAACUGGAGAUGUUUAAGUUCUUUGCACUGACAAAUUUCGGUGUGUCGCUUCUGACGACAAUUUAUUACCUAUUCUAUUAUAUGGUCACGAAAAAUCCGACGAUAUUAUUUGAUGUGCAUAUUCACGGUCUGGCUGGGUAUGUAGCUGGCAUUUGUGUGGCGGUACGGCAGAUUAUGCCCGAUCAUCUCAUCUUUAAAACACGCUACGGACGAUUAACCAAUCGUAAUUUGCCGCUGACGGUGCUUAUUUUGGGCGUCAUUUUCUGGGCCGUUGGCCUAUUGGACGGUACCUACCCGACUAUGUUUGCAUCGGGCUCUAUAGUGAGUUGGAUAUAUUUACGGUUUUACCAGCACCAUCCGAACGGGCGCGGCGAUAGCUCGGAAAGUUUCACAUUUGUUAGCUUCUUCCCGUUUGUGGCACAGCCGUUCAUCAGUGUUCUUGUGAAUCCCAUUUACAAUUGUUGUUUGCGUGUGGGCGUAGUCAAAACGCCCACACCGCCACGAACGGUGUCAACGGCCAGCUUAACAUCUAUUUCCGUGCAAAUGCCCGGUGUGGAUCCGCAUGAUAUUGAACGCAGACGUCAAAUUGCGUUAAAGGCUCUAAGUGAACGACUAAAGGCUACAGAUUCCACACGACACGCGCCGCUGCCCAAAUCGUUUCCGCAGCAUCAACAUCAUCAUCAGCACUCACAUAAUCAGCAUACACAGCACAAGCAUCAUAGUCAUAGCGGCCACGGUGCUGGGCACAGUCAUAGCGGCCACGGUGCUGGGCACAGUCAUAGCCACGGAGCAGGGCACAGUAGCGGUCAUAGCCAUGGCGUUGGAUCCAUACAGGCACCGCCGCAGCCCGAUUUUCUCAAGCCCACUGCUGCUUCCAAUCCACCACAGCCCAUCACAUCAGCACGUGCCGAACCACGUAUGAUCAGCACCAUGAGCCCGAUCGCAAUUCCCAUGCCAGCGCCGCCUCCCAAGGAUGCGGCUGCUGGCGCAGUAGUCGCGCCAGCUGAACCCCCUGCGAAUAGUAGUGAGCGCGCCACACUGAUUGACUUGUCGAAUGAGCUGGACGACACAUCCUCCACAGCUUAGACGGUGUUUAUUUUAACAUAAAUGAAUUUUUUGAUAUUUAAAAGGAUUUAUCAUUAUUUGUAUGUUUUGUAAGUGUAAUUAUGCACACACACACAGCUCAGAAAUGCGCUCGCCCACGCAUCCGCAUCGUUGAGAGUGUACAAUCAAGUUCCGGACGUGUAGCUUAAACCAAACAAUAACAACAAAAAUUGCUUGCCGGUACACCGCCCCCUUUAAACAGUGCAAGGAAACCUUCCAUUAACUAGCGCCAUUACUAGAGCAAUACAUGCAAUACUUCUGUUUUUGUAGCGUAAAAGUGUAUUAAAAAUGCUUUAUUUAGUAUAUUUAAAUUAAUAAUAAUUGUAAAUAUAUUAAAGCCCCAAAAGCACUUAAUUAUCACAUCAUCA